GCUGCAAUAGCAGAUAUUCAGAAAAAGAUUACAGAAGCUUUUGAAGUGUUUGACCACGAAAGUAAUAAAACUGUGGAUGUCAGGCUCCUAUGACUACUUGUCCGUUUACUCCAUGAGCUUCAUAGAGAGAGGUUCUAAAGAUUCCAAGUAUCCUGAUAAUCCAUUUAGAGAAGUUGGUACAAUCAUAAGGUCAUUAGGUUGCUGCCCAAGUGAGGCGGAACUACAUGAUAUGCUUGCAGAGGUAGAAGAAGAAGAACCUACUGGGUAUAUUCAUUUAGAAAAAUUUCUUCCAAUGAUGACUAAAGUAUUAAUGGAAAAAAGAUACCGGCCUAUUCCAGAAGAUGUUCUUUUGCAUGCAUUUGAGGUGUUAGAUCAGAAUAAAAAUGGAUAUCUUACAAAACAGGAGUUAAUCAAAUGCAUGACUGAAGAAGGUGAGCCUUUUACACAGGAAGAAAUGGAGGAAAUGCUGUCAGCUGCUAUAGAUCCAGAAACAAAUAAAAUUUGUUACAAAGACUACAUUUCAAUGAUGGUAGUAGAUGAAAAUUAAGUGCUUUACACAGAAUUAAGGUUAUGUUGGUGUAAAUUUGAAGUUAGGGUGGAUAUACAUUCUUUGGCACGACUCUUGAGGUCAAAAUAUGACCUAGUUGUUGUAAUCCAAAUAAAAUCUUCCUGAAGGUA